AUGGCAUCGUCUUUUGAAGGCAAAGCGACAGAUAUCAACCUGGAAGACAAGGAACUGUGGAGUAAUUUUCAUCGUGUGGCUCAGGAAAUGAAAAUUUCAAAUACUGGAAGGCCUAUGUUUCCUAUCAUUUCCAUCAAGAUUGAUGGUUUGGAGCCAGACGUGUUGUAUAGUGUAGCUGUUAGCUUCGAGAACGUCGAUGCGUACAAAUAUCGUUUUUUUUCAACAAAGAAAGAAUGGUUUUCUCAAAAUAAACCUCGUGACGAUCGCAUAAUGAAGUUCAACCGUGUCUAUGUGCAUCCGAAAUCACCUUUCGUUGGAAAGUUUUGGACUGGCAAGUCUGUUACUUUCGACGACAUACGUCUUACAAAUAGAUUGGGAAAAAUGGAUAAUUUUAAGAUCCAGCUUUCAACGUUCCAUAAGUACAAAAUUGCUGUCGAGAUUAGGAGACUUAAAAUUUGUGGCGAGUGUGAUCAACUGCAUUUGAUCAACGUCAAGUUUCCGAUGAGAGAAAAAGACCAUGUCGAAUGCGUUAAUAAAGUCACAUUCAUCGAUGCAGACAACGACCCUUCUAACACAAGGAAAGAACGUCAGUUAAGGUCAUGUCGCUAUGAAGGCCUGCCCAUCACUUCAAUUCCCAUGGGUAUUUCAACAAUUCCAUCACAAAACAGUUCAGGAACAAUAAGUGUUUCGUCUGAAGAGCAAACGCUCCCUUCCAUUUACGCCAUGUUGGAUGACAUCAUCUUUGGCCAAUCACAAAAUCGUGUCAUGUCAAACUAUCAAUCAACCCCUCCAAGAUUACCUCAUAUGUAUGAGCCAUUUCAGAUUUCCGAAAUACCUGAUUUAGGAACUCACAACGCGUCAGAAAUACAGAGUGUUAAUGACAAUCAUACGUGUUUUGCUUCUCAUACGAGUUUUGCUUCUCAUACGAGUUUUGCUCAGGAUACGAGUUUUGCUCAGGAUACGAGUUUUGCUCUUUUGAUGGCAAUCAUACGUGUUUUGCUUCUUAUACGAGUUUUGCUCAGGAUACGAGUUUUGCUCUUGAUACGAGUUUUGCUCUUUUGA